AUGUCAACAAUAUCUGUAGGCAAAUUGACAUUUAAUUUUACGUGUUCGCUAAGCAUUAAAUAUUUAGGCUCGGUGACGGAUAUCGUGAAAUUUUCACGUAUUAGUACAGACCUGAACAAACAUGUCGAAGGGACGACACAAAUGUAA